AUGGACACCGAUGUGAAGAACGUCGAAUUGGCCUCGUCGAUGACCGCUUCAUCUUCAACGCCUGUGCCACCACCACCGCAAGUGGCGGCGACUACAUACUAUCCGAUGCACUCAGCGCCCACUCCAAACAUUCCAAUGCCGUUUCUUCAGCAAGCUGGAGAGGUUUACGUUGGUCCCGGUGCACAAAAAGAGGCUGGACUCGUCGGAUUGGGUUUGAAAAAGUUGCGGUCAAGAGAUAAGGAUCGACUCUACGAUGCAAAACGAUACGCCAUGGACAUCUCAAUUAAACAAAUCAUGCUUCGACAACAACAAGUUCAUCAACAGAAUCAACAAAAGCAGCAAAUGUACGCCCAAGCGUUGUCGUUGAUGGCUCGUGUUUACGUGGGAUCGAUAUCUUUUGAGAUUCGCGAAGAUAUGCUGAGAAAAGCGAUGGAACCGUUUGGACCGAUCAAGACGCUGAACAUGAGUUGGGAUGCUGGAAGCGGACACCACAAAGGAUUCGCCUUCUUGGAGUACGAGGUCCCCGAAGCGGCAUCACUGGCCCAGGAACAAAUGAAUGGCUUGCUGAUGGGCGGACGAAAUCUCAAGGUGCUUCCCACUCGGCUCUUCAAUCAGAAUCAGAUGGGCCGAACCACACCAUCCACUCCUCAAGCUCAACCCAUUAUCGACAUGGUGAUGACAGAAGCAAAGAAGUAUUACAGAGUCUACGUGGCCUCCGUGCAUCCGGACCUCUCUGAAACUGACGUGAAGAGCGUGUUUGAGGCAUUCGGCGAGGUGGUCAGCUGCAGAUUGGCACGCAAUGCGGUGAAAGGAGGUCAUAGGGGUUUCGGCUACAUCGAGUUUAAUAACGCGACGUCGAUGACUGAAGCGGUCGCGGGGAUGAACAUGUUCGACUUAGGAGGGCAAUUUCUGAGGGUAGGUCGAUGUGUAACUCCACCCGAAGCUCUAAACUACAUUGUUCCGGCAGCACCGUCAGCUCUUCCCCAAUCGACGGCAAUGGCGUUAGCGGCGGCGACGGCCAAAGUGCAAGCACUCGAAGCAACACAGGGCAGCAGCAGUCCAAGCGGCUCAUCGCAAAUGAAUCCAUUCAACUCAUCGACUCCACCAGGCGGAUACUCUGCCACCUCCUACUAUUCUCCUUUGCCUGAGAAAUAUCUUUACUUAUGGUCUCUCUUUGGGUAUAUGUAUAUUUAUGAAAUCUUCUUGAAGCCAAAGUCUAAUGGAUCAGCAGGUGCCGCGUCACCGUCAACGUCGACUCUGUUUGGGCAACGUGACGCUUCCCCGGUUUUCGCAUCUCCAAAGGCUGCUUCACCCGCCCCUCCUCCACCACCGCCACCACCACCAGUUGCUGCAAAUCCGACUUCUCUGGCUCCACCAAGUCCUGUUCCACCACCACAGCCACCAAUAGCUGCAUUUGCUGAGCCAAUAGCGCCUCCAUUGCCACCACCUUCUCCGGAGCCAGCUCCAGUCGAGGAUGAUAGACCGGCUUGGGAACGUUUCAUGAAGAAGGAUCCUGAACCUCGUUCUAGAGCUGAAGUCCCCAUGGAAGUCGAUGACGUGAAGCCGGAUGUGAAGCCGAUUCCACCGAAAGCUGCUGCCAAUAUUCCACCACCUGGAUUAUUGAAGGUUCCACAACCGACCGUCGUUGUACCAAGAUUGUCAACUGGCCAAACAGCCAAACCACCUCCGCCGACUCCUUCACCAGCAAAGUCACAGGGAGGCACUCCAAAGAAAAAAACGAAAGAGUCAAAGUCGAUCUUCGAUCGGAUUAAAGUUCAUGCGACACUUAAUCCCGGUGAAAUAGCUACUUUUGGACCCACCGAGAGCAGUGGCGCAUUAGAAGAAGAUGAGGAUGAUGAAACUGGUCCACUUGCGAUCACUUCUGGCUCCUCUGGGAAAGGUGACAUCCAAUCGCUCGCACUGACAAUUAUGGACGGUGGAAGUCAAGUACAAUUGAUAAAGGCUAAAGCUGAGAAGGAUGCUGCCUACAAAGAAGCAGCAAAGAAAGCGGCAAAGAUCAAGAGGAAAACAAAGCCUGUGAAAGCGUCGAACACAAAAGGGCCAAAGUUGAACAGCGAUGCCGCUUUGGCAGCCGCCGAGAAAGCUGGUGCAAUGAGUGAUCAAAUUAUCGACAAAGAAGUGAACAAGGAUGAAGCAACUCUCGCAUCACAGGAAGGUUUAGAAAUACGUGGAAACGACUCGAGACACUUGUUGAUGACAAAGUUGAUGCGCGUGAAUCGAUCGCAAAUAUUGAUGCUAAAGAAUAUGGUGAGCGCUGAAGAGAUCGAUGACUUAUUGGAAGAUGAAAUAAAAGAAGAGUGCUCGAAAUAUGGAGACGUUGAGGACGUGUUGAUUGUAAACGACGAGGCAAAUGAUGUGGUCAAGAUAUUUGUCAAGUUCUCAACGACGAACCAGGUAGAUGAUGCAAAGAAGGCGUUGGAUGGACGUUUCUUCGGCGGUCGAACGAUUUCCGCUUCAGUCUACGAUCAAGCAUUAUUCGAUCAUGAAGAUUAUUCCGGUUAC